AUGGACGAGAUUGCACCCGAAUACGACGUCGUGGUCCUGGGAACAGGUCUCACCGAAUGUGUACUUUCAGGUGUCCUUAGUGUCAAGGGCAAGAAAGUGCUCCACAUCGACCGCAACGACCAUUAUGGCGGUGAGGCGGCAUCGCUGAACAUCGAAGCGCUGUUCAAGAGAUACGGCCAGACUGAGGGUGAGCCAUGGAAGAAGUACGGCCGCGUCAACGACUGGAACAUCGACCUCGUCCCCAAGCUCCUCAUGUCCAACGGUGAACUCACCAACAUCCUCGUUUCCACCGACGUAACCAAAUACCUCGAGUUCAAGCAGAUCGCCGGCAGCUAUGUACAACAGGGCAACGGCGCCAAGGCAACUGUCGCAAAGGUUCCUUCAGAUGCCGGCGAGGCACUGCGAUCGCCUCUCAUGGGUCUCUUUGAGAAGCGCAGGGCGAGGAACUUCUUGGAGUGGGUUGGCAUCGACAUCCAGAGCUGCACCAUGAAGGAUGUUUACGACAAGUUUGGCCUCGAGGCUACCACACGCGAUUUCAUCGGUCACUCCAUGGCCUUGUACCCUACCGACGACUACAUCACGCAGAAGGGACAGGCGAAUGAGGCUAUUCAGCGUAUCAGGCUCUACGUCAAUUCCAUGGCACGGUACGGAAAAUCGCCAUACAUCUACCCACUCUACGGUCUCGGAGAGCUGCCCCAGGGUUUCGCUCGUCUCUCCGCCAUCUACGGUGGUACCUACAUGCUGAACACCGAUGUCGACGAAUUCCUUUACGACGGUGGCAAGGUUGUCGGUAUCAAGGCCACCAUGAAGGAGAAGGAUGACGCUGGCGAGGGCAUGAAGUUCGAGACCAAGGCAGGAAAGAUUCUCGCCGACCCCUCAUACUUCCCCGGCAAGGCGCGCAUUACUGGACACUUGCUCAAGGCUAUUUGCAUUCUCAACCACCCAAUUCCCAACACAGCCGACGCCGAUUCUCUGCAACUGAUCAUUCCUCAGUCCCAGGUUGGACGCAAGCACGACAUCUACAUCGCUGUCGUCUCGUCUGCACACAACGUCUGCCCCAAGGGUUACUACAUCGCCAUCGUCUCCACCAUUGCUGAGGGCGACAGCAACCACCACCUUGAGCUCCAGCCCGGUCUUGACCGCCUCGGAAAGAUCGAGGAGAAGUUCAUGGGCCCAGCCAUCCCACUCUACGAGCCACUCGAGAGCGGUGCCAAUGACAACAUCUUCCUGUCAAAGAGCUACGACGCCACUAGCCAUUUCGAGACAACGACUGAUGACAUCAAGGACAUUUACCAGCGGGCUGAGGGCCACGAGCUGGUUGUCGAGGGCCUGAGAGAGGGCGCGAACUUCAAUGUUGAAGAUCCUAUCGUUCAUGGCAUGCGCGAGCACCGCGUGGAGACGCAGGAAGCUCCCGCUAAACGCUUGGUGCUCUUUGUUGGUGACGGUCUCCGUGCAGACAAAGCAUUUCAAUCGUUUCCCAAUCCCGACCCCAAUCCUCCGACCCCUCUCGCAGACAAUGCAACCACCCCACGUCCUCUCGCCCCAUUCCUUCGCUCUCGCGUCCUCGAGCAUGGCACUUUCGGCGUUUCCCAUACACGGGUGCCUACUGAAUCGCGCCCUGGACAUGUUGCACUUAUCGCAGGCUUAUACGAGGACGUCUCAGCAGUCACGACCGGAUGGAAGCUGAACCCAGUCAACUUCGACAGCGUCUUCAAUCGCAGUCGGCAUACAUGGAGCUGGGGCAGCCCCGAUAUCCUCCCCAUGUUUGAGACGGGUGCGGUCCCUGGAAGAGUUGAUGCAUACUGUUAUGGCGCGGAAGAAGAGGAUUCCUCCAAAGACGCUUGGGUAUUGGAUGAAUGGGUGUUUGAGCGCGUCAAGAAGCUGUUUGCGGACGCCAAGACAAAUGCUACACUGAACGCUGAGUUGAGGCAGGAAAAGAACGUCUUCUUCCUCCAUUUGCUUGGGUUGGAUACUACGGGUCACGCGCAUCGACCGUACUCGUGGCAGUACUUGCACAACAUCCAGAUUGUGGAUCGUGGAGUACAGGAGAUUACGCAGUUAAUCGAAGAGUUCUACAAUGAUGACAAAACGUCCUUUGUCUUCACAGCGGACCACGGCAUGAGCGACUGGGGAAGCCAUGGAGACGGACACCCUGACAAUACACGCACGCCCUUGAUCGCAUGGGGUGCUGGCGUUGCGCCCCCUUCGAAGAACACAUCAGGCGUUGCUAAAGGCCAUACAGAGUUCUCGUCCGACUGGCACUUGGACGAGAUCGAGCGACAUGAUGUUGACCAGGCUGACGUGGCGGCAUUGAUGGCCUACCUAGUGGGUCUUGACUUCCCUACCAAUUCAGUCGGAGUCUUGCCGCUUUCCUACCUUGACAAGGACCCCAAGGCCAAGGCAGAAGCUCUUCUUGUUAAUGCCAAGGAGAUACUGGAAAUGUACCACGUCAAAGAAGAUAUCAAGAAGGAAACGCAGCUGCGGUACAAGCCUUUCUCUGGCUUGGGUGACGAGGCGCAUUCUGUCGAACAUCGUGUCGCCGAUAUACAGGCAUUGAUCAACAAGGGCAACGCAGAUGAAGCCAUUCGUAAGACGUACGAGCUCAUUGACCUUGGUCUCGAAGGGCUGCGGUACUUGCAAACGUACGACUGGCUCUUCCUCCGGACGUUGGUAACUGCUGGUUAUGUUGGCUGGAUCGCGUUCGCCAUCGCUACAGUCAUCGAUCUGCAUGUGCUCACCGAACAUGUGCCAGCACAAAGAACGGCGGCAAGUAUGGUCGUGUUCUCGUCCGUGCUUAUUGCACUCUAUGGGAUUUUCUUCAAACAGGAGUCACCGAUUAUUUACUAUGCAUAUGCAUUCUUCCCAGUCUUGUUUUGGGAGGAAGUCUAUGCUCAGAGACUCUCGCUCGUCAAAGGCAGCAAGAUUCUGUUCGGUCAUCUUAACUCUGGCGCCGAUGUUGCGAAGCUAGUAUUUGCGACUCUUGGAUUUUUCGGUCUUCUCGAGGCUUUGGUGCAAAGCUAUUUUGUCAGGGAGAUUUACACAGUAUGCUACCUGCUUGCGACACUCUGGCCAGUGGUCUAUGGCCAAGACUUUGUUAAGAAGAACAUUGCGACUGUUGCCACUUGGGCGUUGUCUUGCAUAGCCAUGAGCGCUUUCACGUUGUUACCAGCCAACAAGGCAGAGGAUAUUCGUCUGAUCCUGCUUGGAGGUGUAUUAAUGUUUGUCAUUGGCGCACUUUACCUCGUCUUCGAAAAGAAGAUUCUUGAAGACGGCAAAUCUGAAGCUGAACUCGCCAAGCACGAGCUUAACCACUCAUCUCGCAUUAUACUGGGCAUUCAGCUCGGUCUCGUAGCGCUUUCCAUGAUCGUCACGAAGAGCAGCGUCAGCUACUUACAGGCGCGCCAGGGCAUUCCGUUUGGUGUUUUGACAGUGGGUCGGGCAACACUUUUAGCCUCGCUGGUCGUACCACAACUACACGGGUUUUACCCUAACGCCCACUACGUCCACCGCCUCGUAGUCAUCUUCCUGCAGUUCGCCCCGACCUUCAUCAUCCUCUCAAUCUCGUACGAGGGUCUUUUCUACUUUGCCUUUUGUAUGUGUCUGUUCAGCUGGAUGCGCCUUGAGCACCAGGUGUACCUGCAUAGCACGACCAAUGCCUCAACUACAGCCAUUACAUCAGAUCCGGCCAAGCCUACCAUGGACGCUGCAUCGGAUCGCCUUGGCUCACUCCAAAGGGGAGAGUACAGGUCCUUGACGCUGGCCGACGCGCGCAUAGCUCUCUUCUUCAUCUUCUUCAUUCAGUCUGCCUUCUUCAGCGCCUCAAACAUUGCCUCGGUGUCGUCGUUCUCCCUCGACGCCGUCUAUCGCCUGAUCCCCAUCUUCGACCCCUUCUCGCAGGGUGCACUUCUCAUCAUCAAGCUUAUGGCACCAUUUGCGGCUCUCUCGACAAACUUUGGUCUCCUCAAUCGCCGCCUGGGCGUGGCACCAUCAGCACUGUUCAUGGUGGUAAUGGCGGUCAGCGAUGUUAUGACACUAAGCUUUUUCUACAUGGUCAAAGACGAGGGGAGUUGGCUGGAAAUCGGAACGACAAUUAGUCACUUUGUUAUUGCAAGUUUGUUGGGGGUGUUUGUCAGUGGGCUGGAGAUCUACAGUGAAUGGACUAUCAGGGGCGUCGAGUUUGGUGGUAGCAAGAAAGUGCAGGGUAACGGAACGGUCAACGGAAAGGCUAAUGGAAAAGCAGAGUAG